AUGAGUAGUGAAAAAACUUUAGAUUCAAUCCCAAUCGAUCUCUUUCACGAGAUCUUCUCGAGAUUGCCUUCAAAGUCAGUCGGGAGGUGUCGUUGCGUUUCGGCGCGAUGGGCGUCCAUACUUGGCCAUCAAGAUUUCACCGAGCUGUUCCUGACCAGGUCCUCGACUCGUCCACGUAUCUUAUUUGCCCUCGAAAAAUAUAACGGUGAAUGGCUCUUCUACUCGUCGCCUCACCCUCAUCAGAAUACAUAUGAGAAGUCUAUUGUAGUAUCCGUCGAUUUUCAUACCAAGUUCCAUAGAAGCAGAUGUAAUCGUAUUUGUAGCUAUGCCUCUGGUUUGCUCUAUAUUUCAGAUGUGUGGAUCUCAACAAAAAGUAAGGAUGGGGAUUCAAUGCCUGUGAUAUGUAACCCACUCACGGGACAUUAUUUAGGGUAUGAUCCGAUCGAUAAGCAAUUCAAGGCGUUGGCGUUCAUUGCUUAUCUAUCUUGUCCUGAUGUUCAUGUAAUUCUGACAGUACAAGGAACUGAAAAAAUGGGAUGGAGGAAGAUCCAUUGUCCCUUUACCCAUCAUCCUUCUUCUGAAGGGAUUUGCAUCAAUGGGGUUUUGUAUUACUACGCUCUCCAACUUGAAAAUCGUGACGAUGUGAUUGUUUGCUUUGAUGUUAGGACUGAGAAAUUCAAAUUUAUUGAUGCAAACUUUGUUCCCGAUCAAGUACAUAAUAUUAUUAACCUGAAUUUGAUAAACUAUAAGGGUAAAUUAGGUAUGAUUUAUUGGCGGAUUCGUCGUAUGCUUUCUGGUGAAGCUGGUACAAAGUUUGACCUUGAGUGGCUUAUGUGGGUUCUAGAGGAUGUUCAUGAGAAAAAUCUAUAUUUUGCGAGAGAUUGA